AAAAUCAGAGUGUGAAAAUUUGGGUUCUUCAUUCAUUGUUGAUCUUGAACAUAGAAAGGGGAAAGAAUCAAAAGGUUCUCUAUUUUGAUUCAAAUUCAGAUUCUUUCACUCAUAGUGGAGCUUCUUACAAUUGUCACAGAAUCUCGUAAAAUCUUAAAAGUUAUGGAGAUAACAACAGAAAAAACAGAUAACAACAUGAAAAAAAGAAAGCAUUCUGAAAAAUGCGAGAUGGAGCAAAGCAGCAUGUGGAAAAAUCUACCAAAUGAUAUUUUGGAACAGAUUAUGAAGCGUUUGCCCCUUAGAGAGUAUCUUGCAAUGAAAGCAAUAUGCUUUCCUUGGUGGAUUUCAGUUUCUAAUGUCACUGCAAGAGAUAAUUGCCGCCCUUUACUCGAACUGCCGCUAAUUUUACUACGAAAUAAAGACUCGAUGUUUUACAGCUUGAGUACAGAAAGUUUGCAUCGCCCCAAAACUCAACUGUUUGACGACAAUCAGUUUUGUUUUGGCUCAGUUGAAGGAUGGUUGAUUGUGGGUGACUAUGCUCUAAAACCUUUUAUGACAUUUUUCAUCUUGAAUCCAGUGACUAAUAUUAAACUCAUGCUACCACCAUUGGUGUACAUUCCAUUCAGUGCUCGCAUCGAAGGUGACUUAUAUGUGGAAAAAAUGGUGGUCUCUUUCGAAACAAGUUCAACAUUGAAUAUAGCUAUUCUUUUGAGCGAUUUUAAUAAUAUUGUAGUUUAUAACCCCUUAGACGACGUAUGGACUACAAUUAAGCCAUUUAAGGGUAUGGGAACUAUUUUGGACAUGGAAAUUAUUGGUAGUAAAUUGUAUAUAGCAAUUAACAAAGACUCAGAUUCCAUAUUAUCGGUUUGUGAUCUCAAUGGCACCACUGAUGGACCUCCAAAGGCUGAAGUGUUGACUAAACUUCCACUAUUGACGCCAACAGACUCAAUUAAACUCGAAGAGGAUGAUAUGAUAUUCAUUAUACACUUUCUAGGCAAAGAUGAAGCGUUAAAAGAGCUAUACUUCAUUUGCAUGGUGUGUAUCUUGACCCCAGUUAAGGUUGCCAGAAUUGAAGUGUACAAGCUGGACAUGAACAAAGAGCCUAUUGAGUGGCAGAGUGUGAGGUUGGAUGAUAGAGUGGCUUUUGUCAGUAGUUGCAAGAGCAUGAUAAUAUCAAGAGAUAAACUUAAUUACAAUAAAGAGUUAAUUAGUGGGAAUAGCGUCUAUUUUGGUGUUACUAUUCCUUUUAUUCCAUCAUGUUAUGGGAGUUCUAGUAAGGUUUUGAAGUUGGGGAAGUUUUGUUUGACUGAUAGCAGCAUCAAAUACUUCCCUGUGCAGACAUCAAGCGAUUCUGGUGUUCCUUAUCCUAUCUGGGUUGUACCAAGCUUAUGAUGGUAAUUCCACUCUGUUGACAUUUACAUAUGUUUGAUUGUAUGUCAAGGGAAGAUGCAUCCAUGUUGUUGACACUUCCUGCAGAGCACCAACCACAACAUCCCCUGCUAACCCUUUUAUUUCUAUUUUUCUUUUCUCUUUUAGGACAUCUACUUCAUAGUGCAUAAUUUUUCUUUUUUUCUUUCUUUAAAGCGUACAGUGUUGCUCCCAAAUAAAGGAUUUAGUCAAUGUUAGAAUGUGUAAAUAAUGAAAGCAUUACUAAUGGCAAGUAUAUUCUUGUAUGUUC